CACUAGCUGUAUUUUUACUACAAACAGCGAAAUGUUCUUAAAAAUGAACUGGCGUGCAUUCAGGGUGUCAUUGAGGAAUGGCCUGGAGUUCCUCUGGUACUCUUACUCAACUCCUUCUCCACAGAGCGCCAAACAAGUCUUCACCCUCCUGCUCUUCUGUUUGAUUAUCUCCACAAGCACAGGUGCUCUACUCUUCCACUGGUUAAGUGGGCUCUUAAGGUACCACCCCCAGGCUGCGGGCAUCGCCACAGGCAUCUACACAAUAGCCAUCUUGCUCUUCUCAUUUCUCGUACAUCCUUUUCGUUGUGCAUUCACACUGAUGUUUCCAACGCUGGGAACCCAACAGGGACGCAAACUUGUUCUCUCACUGUGUGUGAUGAUUGUGCUGAUUUAUGUUCUGCCGAACAUUGGCACUAACAUAGUUGAACUUGCACACCUGAUGGAGUGCACAUCAGAGAACUUUGCUCACAGUGUUCUCAAUUUAUCAGAAUUCUGUAACAUUAUAAAUAAAGAUCUCAUUUCUAUAGUUAAAAGUUUUCCACAUGUUGUGGAGCAGCUAACUAGGUUUAACCACCAAACAGACAUUGACAUGACUGGUCUAAAAGAAAAUCUGAAAAAGUUAAGCAAACAUGUCGGGCAGGAUUUUUCCAAAGCCAUACAUCAACUAGACGAACUGAAGCUCCUUUUAAGCAGAAUAUUGGCUGCUGGAUUGGUGAUUUACCUGUUUAUGGAUUCAUCCAUUUACCUGAAGUCAUACUUGACAUCUGUGAGAUUUGAUAAUGUCUACAUUACUGGGCUGCUCAAGAAAAACGCAGAGAGUAAAGGAAUCAAAGUGAACGCAAAGGAUGUAAAAAAUGGAGUGAACGUCACCAGUAUCAGACUGUCAAAAAAAGAACUCCUUAAGUGUUUACUUCCCAUUCUCAUGAUCACUUUGUAUCUGUUGAUGACGAUCAUGCUCCUAGUCCUUGACUAUAUAGUGCAUUAUGCUGUGGUAACAGGCGGGCCUUGGCUUUUGGACAUUCCACCUACUGACAUUUCCAUGAACAUUCAUUUUAAGGUUGAUUAUAUGUUUCACAUCUGUCAGGCAUUUGACUGUAAAAGCAUUAACAUAUUGAACUUCGUCAGAAGGUAUAAUGCCACCAUUAGCUCUGAUGUGACUCAGUGCAAGACCAGGCCAAGCAAGCUGAAUGCGGGAGUGAUACUUUUACUGUUCCUGCUCUACUUCCUCAGCUACGGUCUCACGUUCUUGGAGGUCUACGCUCGACGCCUUCGCAGAAAAGUGGCCUCUUCUUUCUUCCAGGUGCAGGAAGAGAAAAGAAUUACAUUUCUUAUUGAUCAAAUUAUCACCAAGAAGAGGAAAAUGCUGGCCAAACAAGCAGAAACUGAAAGUACCGAGAGCAGGAUGCAGGGAAAUGAUGAGUAUAUUAAAGUUUUUACCACUUGCUAGAUUAUAUGCUUGUUUGCCUGCAAGAAAAGAUAAUGUAGUCAAACACACUGAGGAAAGCCAGAAGGCAGAUAUCUGACUACUGAUUGAAAAUGACAAGUUGACCUCAUUUUAUUUAAACAUUUA